AUGGUGGAUGCAUUAGAACAAGUUAAUGAUGUUACAAUAACAUUCGUCGAUGAAGACGGUGAAAAAUCAAAUAAUAAUAUUAAUAUCACUGAAAAAUCAAGAGAGUGUCCAAUUUGUCAUGUUUAUUAUAAAUAUGGAAACAGUUAUUGGCAGCAUGUUCGUUAUGUUCAUGCAAGUUAUUUAAGCCAAUGUGUCAUUUGUGAAAAAUGCUAUAAAAGAUCAACCAUGGCUAAACAUCACGUUUUACAUUCCCACAAAAUCGCUUGGCAUUUAUGUGGGAAUUAUUCUUUUAAUUGUUACGAUUGUGAUGGAUCGUUUUCAACAAUCAAAGAUUUAUUCGAUCAUGUCAAAAAUCAUAAAAAAGAUUUUGAUGAAAUUAAAUCAUCUGAUGAUAAUGAAACAAUCGAUACAGAUGCUGAAAAAACAACUGUUUCCUAA